GCACUCCCAGGAACUGAUGACUGGACUCAAUGACCAGCUGAAGCCACCCUCUGCUGUUGCGUCGGCGGCGGCUGUGGCGUUGGCGGCGCCUGCGGCAGUGGCGGCGGCGGCAGGGACGGCGGCUGCGGCAGUGGCGGUGGCUGUGGCAGUGGUGGCGGUACAACAGGGGGACACAGCAUGGGGACACGACAGGGGGACACAGCAGAGGGACACAACGGGGGGAGGGGAGAUGGCGCUGUCAACAGGGGGAAGGGCGUUAAGUAUUUGA